AAAAUAAAAUAAAAUAAAAUAAAAUAAAAAAAACUGCAAAUGGCCUCGUGGUUAUGCACAUGAAAGAUGCGCUAAGAAAUCACAACCCACGCCCAGCAGCACUACUACUGCCCCACCGUCUCCUUCUCUUGUGCGCACUCAUCGCCUUGCGUACGCCUGUUGCAGACCAUCCUAUCCUGCACACCCCCUGCCCAUCCCAUGACCUUAACUUCACCUCCAUAAUCUAUCGCGAUAGUUCCAUCGAUAAGAUCGAGAAAAUUAAUCUCUGCGAGAUCUCGUUCCCGGUGAUGUCGAAGGCCCGAGUUUAUGCGGAUGUGAACGUUCUUCGCCCCAAGGACUACUGGGAUUACGAGUCUCUCACUGUUCAAUGGGGUGAUCAAGAAGAUUAUGAGGUUGUUCGGAAGGUUGGACGAGGAAAGUACAGUGAAGUUUUUGAAGGCAUAAAUGUUAAUAGCAAUGAGCGUUGUGUGAUCAAGAUCCUCAAGCCUGUUAAGAAAAAGAAGAUAAAAAGGGAGAUAAAAAUACUUCAGAACCUUUGUGGGGGCCCAAAUAUUGUCAAGCUUCUUGAUAUUGUUAGAGAUCAGCACUCAAAAACUCCUAGCUUGAUAUUUGAAUAUGUGAACAGUACAGAUUUCAAAGUUUUGUACCCCACAUUGACUGAUUAUGACAUACGCUACUACAUUUAUGAGCUUCUCAAGGCAUUAGAUUACUGCCAUUCACAGGGAAUCAUGCACAGAGAUGUCAAACCUCACAAUGUUAUGAUAGAUCAUGAGUUGCGAAAACUUCGCUUGAUAGAUUGGGGUCUUGCUGAAUUUUACCAUCCUGGCAAGGAGUAUAAUGUUCGUGUGGCUUCUAGAUACUUUAAGGGACCCGAACUUCUUGUGGAUUUGCAGGACUAUGACUAUUCUUUGGAUAUGUGGAGCCUUGGUUGCAUGUUUGCUGGAAUGAUAUUCCGAAAGGAACCAUUCUUUUAUGGUCAUGACAACCAUGAUCAGCUUGUCAAAAUUGCUAAGGUACUGGGAACUGAUGAAUUAAAUGCAUACCUGAACAAAUAUCAUUUAGAGCUUGAACCUCAACUUGAUGCACUUGUUGGGAGGCACAGUCGCAAGCCUUGGUCCAAAUUUAUUAAUGCUGAUAAUCAGCAUCUGGUUUCUCCAGAGGCUAUUGAUUUUCUUGACAAGCUCCUUCGUUAUGAUCACCAGGAUAGACUAACUGCCAGAGAAGCAAUGGGCCAUCCUUAUUUUGCACAAGUUAGGGCUGCAGAAAGUAGCAGAACACGGAUGCAGUAACCUUUCUGAUGGUGUUGCUGGGCAUUUGAGAAAUGUAAUGUGCUUACAAUCACACACUUUAGAAAACAGUCUUGGCUGCUCGUAUCAUUAUUGUCCGAUUAAGGGUUGUGGAUAGCUGUUUAAUGUUUGAUCGAGUUAGUUUGUAAGACAGAUCUCAAAACUAUUUUUACCCUUUGUGUUUCCCUA